AGCGCCUGCGUGUGUGCGUGUGCUAGGCAGUGCCACAGGCUGCUUCUGUGUCUAGCGGUUGGGACUGUAGACUGGACCCCGGCUGGGUUGGGUUGGGUGACUAGCUGGGUUUCGAGAGUCUCAUUCCCUCCUGAGGCGGGUGGGCGGGCCCCAUUGGCUGAAUUCCGGGGAGGGCCUUGCCUAGCAGCCGCCCCCCAAUAAAGGCUCAGUCAGCGAGAGCCCUGCCCCUCAGAGCACUCACGGGGAUUCUUCCAGUUGUUGCUGCCGCUGCCGCUGCCGCUGCCGCCACCACCAGCACCGCCACCACCACCACCGCUGCUGCCUCCGCCCUUGCCCCAACAGCCACUGAUCCUGGUUCAGCCUCUGGGAGCAAGCAAGAGGCCACUGUCACCCCACCCGUCCCCCAGCUGUGGCCCAGUCAUGCCAACUCUAACCAGAUGCCUCUUUCUGGGGCUCUGUGUUUUGGUCCUUUUGGAAACUGCUACGGCCCAGAAUUCCAAAACUCCUCGUUGCCGACCCCCGUGUCCCUACAAUGCCGUUUGCAUCAAUGGGACUCAGUGCACCUGUAAGGAUGGAUUUGUUUCUGUGAGUGGGAAGAAAUACUUCAGUGACGUUUUGGAGAUCUGUGAAGAUAUUAACGAGUGUGCAGAACCUUUUUUUGUCUAUUGUGGUGUAAAUGCUGAUUGCAAGAAUACUGAAGGAAGUUACUACUGCCUGUGCAACUCUGGAUAUGAGUUGCCUUCUGGGAAGAGAACAUUCCCAAAAGCCAGUUUAAACAAAUGCCAAGAUAUUAAUGAGUGUGCACCACCCAUUUCUGUUAAGUGUGGCGCAAAUGCUGAAUGUGUGAAUACUCAGGGAAGUUUCCAUUGCAGCUGCAGACCUGAAUUUGCGCUUAUUACAGGGAAGAAAAAUUUCCCAAAUAUCCGUGAGAACACCUGUCAGGGAGUCUCCUCUCCUAGCUCUAUCCCAACAUCUGGAGAUAAUCCCAAGGUGAAGAAUUCUUUUCACCACCUUGAAUCAUUAAUCCACACUCAUGCCUUUUGGACUGCUGAGAACAAGACAACAAUUGGAACUGAAGUCACAAAAUUAUUACUGGACCUAGAACAGGCUGCCCUGAAAUAUGCUGUCCCUUCUCCUAAUGAGCAGAUCAUUAUGGCAGAUAACCAGUCUUUUCUAGCUAUUAAAACACAAGUUAUCAGCAACUGCUCCCAGGAAAAUGACAACUUUAAACUGUAUGCUCAGAAUAACUCAGUGGAAAUUUCCUGCAUGAAUAUCAUCAACUCAAAAAACCAAGAUUCAAGAACAGUUGCUUUUCUCUCAUAUAUUAAUCUUGGGACCAUUAUAAAUGCAUCCUUUUUUGAUGCAAAAGAUGGGGAGAAAAAUGAUGGAAUCUACAUGAACUCCCGAGUAGUCAGCAUUGCUAUAGGACCUCCAAAAUCUGAAUCCUCUUCUCUUUCUGUUCUUCUGAAGUUCCAGCAUAUUAAGGAAAAGAAUGCAGAAGAAACACCUCUCUGUGUCUACUGGGAAGCAAGGGAGAGAGAGGAGGGCGGUGUCUGGUCCACAAAUGGCUGCAAUCUCACUGAGACCACUGAAACAUACACCAGCUGCACCUGCUCCCAUUUGUCUUCUUUUGCUGUCCUGAUGGCUCCCAUUCCACAGGAAGAAGACUGUGUGCUAACCAUGAUCACUUAUGUGGGACUGAGCCUAUCUCUGCUGUGUCUCUUUCUGGCUGCCCUCACCUUCCUUCUCUGCAGCACCAUUCAGAAUACCAGCACCUCCCUCCACCUGCAGCUCUCCCUGUGCCUCUUCUUGGCUGAUCUCCUCUUCCUCACAGGAAUUAAACAAACCAAGAAUAAGGUCCUGUGUUCCAUCAUUGCAGGUUUAUUACAUUAUUUCUACCUGGCCUCUUUCACCUGGAUGCUGCUGGAAGGUCUGCAUCUCUUUCUCACUGCCCGGAACCUGAUGGUUGUCAAUUACACCAGGAUGACCCAGUCCCUGAGGAAGGUCAUGUAUCCUCUGGGCUAUGGAAUUCCAGCAGUGAUUGUGGCUAUUUCUGCAGGAUGGAGAGCACAUCUUUAUGGAACUUCUUCCAGCUGCUGGCUCCGUCUGGAGAAGAGAUUCCUCUGGGCUUUCCUUGGACCAGUCUGUACCAUAUGCUGUGUAAACUUACUUCUUAUUCUUAUGGUCCUUUGGAUUUUACAAAACAAACUUUCCUCCCUCAACAAUGAGGUGUCCACGAUUCAGAACACAAGGUUGCUGGCAUUUAAAGCCAUGGCUCAGUUGUGCAUCCUGGGCUGCACCUGGUUUCUCGGCGUUCUGCAGAUUGGCCCAGCUGCACGGAUCAUGGCCUAUCUCUUCACCAUCAUCAACAGCCUCCAUGGAGUCUUUAUCUUUCUGGUGUACUGUCUCCUCAACCAUCAGGUUCAAGAACAGUACAAAAAAUGGUUCAUGACCAUCAGGCAAACAAAAUCUGGAUCUGAGUCUGUCACUCUCUCAAGCAGGUUUGCCACUGGUUCCACCCAGACCAACACACUCUUUGUGAUGGCAAAAAAAAUGGGAAAUGAGGUGAUGCCCUGGAUUGGGGAAUGGCUGAACAAAUUAUGGCAUAUGUUGGUGAUGGAAUAAUGAACUGGAGGAAUUCCAUGUGAACUGAUAUGACCUCCAGGAAUUGAUGAAGAGUGAAAGGAGCAGAACCAGGAGAACAUUGUACACAGAGACUGACACACUGUGGUACAAUCAAUUGUAAUGGACUUCUCCAUUAGUGGCAAUGCAAUGUCCCUGAACAACUUGGAGGGAUCUUUGAGAAAGAACACUAUCCAUAUUCAGAGGAAAAAUUGUGGGAGUAGAAACACAGAAGAAAAACAACUGCUUGAUCACAUGGGUCAUGGGGAUAUGAUUGGGGAUGUAGACUCUAAAUGAUCAUCCUAGUGCGAAUAUCAACAACAAGGAAAUAGGUUCUGAUCAAGGACAUACAUAAAACCCAGUGGAAUUGCACAUCAACUAUGGGAAGUGGGGGGGAGAGAUGAGGGCAGGAAAGAAUAUGAUUCUUGUAACCAAGGAAUAAUGUUAUAAAUUGACUAAAUAAAAAUUUUAAAAAACACAUCUCUUAGUUUUCUUUAUGGAUUUUCAAUAUUAUCUCUUUUUUGAUUUUCAGAAUUGCUAUUUUUGCUUAAUUGAAUUUUUAAAAUUUUUGUUGCCUUUCUAGUUUUCUCUAUUGCUCUCUCUUUUAUCAAUGAAGUAUUUAGAGACAUGUUUUUCUCUAAUGACUACCUUGG